UUAAACGUCAGGUUAAUAUUUUACUAAAGUAAACCGGUCCGAGCGGCGGAAGGAAUUUAAAAAAGGGGUGAAAAAAACGUACUUUUGAUAUUUUAAUAAAUUUAUUUCUGAACAUAUAUGAAUUUACACAAUCGAUGUUUACAGGUCAGUUUUAUUUGCUCCAGUGAAAUGUUGUAGACAAUUGGUCGCGAAAACACUGUAAAAUUGUCAAGAUUCUUGUUCAGUUUGUCCUAUUUAUCUCGUAUUUUUAUGUAGCCUUUGACAAAUUUAUUUAAACAUGAUUGGCGAAAAAUUAGAGAGUAGCCUACAUCUGCUGCAAUAUUCUUUUGCAAUAUAGAUAGAUGUAUACAUCUGUGAAUAUAAUAAAAAAAAACUUAUAGGCUACAAGCGAAGGAUUAUAUUCUUGAUAUGAAGUAAGAUAAGGCUAAGACAGGUGUUUUGGCCACCCAUGUUCCAGACGACUAAACCAACAAUUCAAUCACAUGACGCAAAUACUUCAGAACGUCCAGUUGGUGCAGUAAAUAUUAGUCCACUGCUUAAACCGAAUGGGAAACAGCUUAAGAUAACUUUAUGAUUGGACACGUGCUCUGAGCAUCCACCGAUGCCGUGAAGUGCUUUUGAAAUGGCAGAGUCAUUAGGAGGAGGCACGCGUCCUAAUGAGCUCCUUUUCAAACCUGUUGAAUAGAGACAAGCACCCUGCGGCGAGACCUGGAGCUAUUUAAUGGCCAUUACGCACAGGGCUAGCCAGUUUACGCACGGUAGUUAGAGCUCUCCUCUAACCACAUACGCGCUUGUUUUAGUGACACCUGAAAAGAAAAAGGAGGCAAAAUGGAAGACAUAUUUUUUGAUUUUGAUCAAGAUGCUGCCACAGAUUUUGCCUUCUGGGGCCAAAUGGACCCCAACUUCCAGUUCCAGUCUCAGCUGGACACGCUGCUCCUUGACUGCAGCGCAAUGACAGGUCAGCUGUCCCCCUGGUCCUCUUUCGGGUGCCAGUCCGUGUUCCCAGAGGCUCAGCUGACCUUCACGGACUUAGACUCGCAGUCUCCGCAGCUGGAGGUCGGUGCUGAAGUGGACAGCUCCUUAGUGGACGAACCCCAUGAGAUCGGCAAGUGCAGACAGCAGCACCAGCGGCGCUUGACGUCCCAUCAUCCAUACAAGGUGCAGCGCCACGCCGCCAACAUCCGGGAGAGGAAGAGGAUGCUCAGCAUCAAUUCUGCAUUUGAGGAGCUGCGCUGCCACGUGCCCACGUUCCCCUACGAGAAACGGCUCUCCAAAAUAGACACAUUAAAACUGGCCAUUGCUUACAUCGCCCUGCUCAGAGAAAUCCUCAUGUCAGGCUGUGACCCCAAGUCAUAUGUGGAUGAAUGCAUGAAGAACGGCUAUAAGAAUCAGACCAAUGCCAUCUGGAACACAAGUGAUCUGACAGCUCGGCUCUCUUGGAUAAAGUGGGAUUAACUGCAAUGUGGGCUGGGAAGAGAGAUGCCACGUCUCCCUCCUUUCUCACGCUCCUCUUCAAAGGUGGCAUGGCACGACGACACCACGACAUCUGCAGACUUCUCACCAUGUUACACCUCCUGGCACUCAGGACACUUUUUAUAUUCUAAUUUGUUGUGGGUUACAAUCAGGCCCCCUUUUGCUCAUCCAGACAUGCGUUGUUUGUUGUAAAUGAGGCCUUAUUAGGACAAAGCUGUGGCACUUGUCCUUGUAUGCAAGAUAAGAGAAUGGCAAAUUGACGAAAGUUCAUUUUUUUUCUCCAUGUGCUUCGCUGUUGAAAGCAAAUUUUAAAGGGUUUGGCCUGGCAAUGUGCCUGACAACCACAUUCAGAUUUUAGAGAAGUGACAUUUUGUACCUUGAAAUAAUUUUGGGCAAAACCCAAGUAGUUUAUCACAACAAUAUUUAUUUGUUAAUUUAUCAUUUUUAUUUAUU